CCUCACCGCUGGCCUGUUGGACACUGGUUACUGUGAACGGCGGCCAAGUUAGAUACAUAACUACACCGGGGGCUUCAUGGCGUCCGUGAUAGCCGAGUUCAUGAGCUCCAGGCAGCCGUGGUGACUAGCGCCUCUACCUCAGGCAGGAGACAGUGACACUUCUUAGUAUGGACUGAUCCCUGGGCCCGGCUGCCUUCUUCCAGGGAACCACGAGUCUGCGUGUCCACGGAUGAUCAGCACCUUGAAUCCGCACAAUGGACAGAAGCCUGAGGAAUGUCCUCGUGGUCUCCCUGGGGUUCCUGCUUCUCUUCACUGCCUACGGAGGCCUGCAGAGCCUGCAGAGCAGCCUGUACAGCGAGGACGGCCUAGGCGUGACGGUGCUCAGCACGCUCUACGGCGGGGUGCUGCUGUCCUCCAUGUUCCUGCCACCGCUUCUCAUCAGGACGCUGGGCUGCAAGUGGACCAUCGUCCUCUCCAUGAGCUGCUACGUGACCUUCUCCCUGGGCAACUUCUAUGCCAGCUGGUACACUCUGGUCCCCACGUCCAUCCUGCUGGGACUUGGAGCCGCCCCGCUGUGGUCUGCUCACUGCACCUACCUCACCAUCAUGGGAAACACGCACGCCGAGAAGGCAGGAAAAGUUGGCAAGGAUGUGGUGAACCACUAUUUCGGCAUUUUUUUUCUCAUAUUCCAGUCGGCCGGUGUGUGGGGAAACCUGAUCUCAUCUCUGGUGUUUGGCCAGACGCCCACGCAAGGUGCCAUUCCUGAGGGGCAGCUCCUGUCCUGUGGGGCCAGUGACUGCCUGAUGGCCACGGCGCCCACCAACAGCACGCAGCGUCCCUCCCAGGAGCUUAUCUACACCCUGCUGGGCAUCUACACAGGUACGAGUGUGCUUAGCGGCUCCGGGCAGAGUCCCACCGGAAGCAAGACUAGCUCCUUCCUGUGUUGGAUAAGACCCUCUCCCCAAAAUAUAAGUGACCUCCACACGGUGCUUUCCACUGGAUCGCACUCAGAGAUUUUCACCCGGAGUCGAAGCCGACUGACGGUGUUAACUCACAGUUUCCUGUGGACGAGGACCCCACCUUCAUCCUACACCACCUGCGCCCUGGGCAUCCAGUUCGUGGGCUAUGUGAUGAUCUGCUUCGCGGCCACCAACGCCCUGUGCUCCGAGCUGUAUGGAAAGCUAGCCCAGUACACGGGCAGGGUCGCUCUCUACGCGCUCGGUAGGUGGUCACUUUCCCAGAUGCCAGCAAGAACGGCGACGCUGCCACCCAGGGAGUGGCUUCGGAGGGCGCGGGAAGGGCCCGCGUUCAGGCCAGUGACAGUGGAGCUCCCGCGGCCUGGCGCCUCGGUGCUCAGCCGCCCACCAGAGCAGAGUUCCCUGCAUGGCCUGGCACGCAGCGGGGUUGGGGGGCUGUUGGAGGCCCUGGGAGACAGCCAGCUGUGCAUCUGCCCGUCUGCAGAUCGGGAGCACAGCUCUAAGAAAAUCUUCACAACGCUGCAGAAGUCAGCUGCCCCCAGGAUUAACGGCCCCCAUGGUGCAGAAGUUCUGUACGGCGUUCUGUUUGAGAAGAACAAGGAGGCUGCUUUUGCCAACUACCGCCUGUGGGAAGCCCUGGGUUUCAUCAUCGCGUUUGGGUAUAGCACAUUUUUGUGCGUCCAUGUCAAGCUCUACAUUCUCCUGGGGGUCCUGUGUCUGACCAUGGUGGCGUACGGAAUCGUGGAGUACCUGGAGUCCAAGAACCUGACCACGCCGCUUGCUGUAGGACUGACAAAAGCAGCAGAGGAAGCAGAAACACAGACAAAAAUGUGAAAGCAGCAAACUCCAUGGCAGACGAGCUGGGCCUCAGCAAGAGUUUUAUCUGAAGCUGCCUCCGUGUUUACAGUUGAUCCUUUACAACUAUCUUAGCAAUUCGUGGCCAUUUGAAAGAUGUAAUAUGGGUUUUUUUAUGUAGUAUUUUUUCUAUUCUAUCAAAUUCUCAGUCCACCAUCUCAUCAGUAGAGACCAAGAGUAUGCAUGAAAAAAAUCAGUUAAUUUUAGAUACAAAAGAAAAAAGUUUAGGGUACAAUCAGCCCGUUGGAACCUGCUUAGCAUCUCAGAAUCAAUUAACUUCCACUUGUUUUUGCUGUUGUUGUCAGCGUUGGAAGUCUGUUUAAAAUAAUGAAUUCCAAUACCAUGAUUUCACAAAGGGUAAACUGAUGUCCAGACACGGCACCUGACUACUUCCCAGGGUCAGUGAGUGACACAGCCCAACUAGAGUCUGUUUCUUUAAACUCACAGAGUGUGAGUUCCUAAAUAAAUGUAAUUAUAUUAUGAACUUACCUCCUGUCCAAAUACACUCAUUCUAAAUACUCACCUAGAUCACACACACAAGUCAUCAAAUAAGUGAUUUAGCAUGUAGACCAUCAGAAGUCUAAUAAAAAGGUGACGACA